CUUCCGGAUCUACUACUCGCUUUCUUUCUAUAUAUUACACCUUGUCCCAGUGCCCAGUCAGCCGAGACUGCGAUCCCUCUUUCUCCAUUUCUCUCCUCCUCUCCGCCUCCGAUCGACCACUCGCUCCGCCGGAUCCCAGCGCCGAUCCUUCCUCGGGGAACAGCGCGUCUGGAAUAAGGGAUUGUCAGCAGAUUUGGUCGUAGGUGGUUCCAUUCUUGAAGGUAAGGAUGGCCCAGAUUUUGUUACACGGAACGCUCCAUGCUACGAUUUUUGAUGCGGAAUCGCUCACGAAUCCGCAGAGAGGUUCAGGCGGUUUCCUCCGAAUGGUUGUUGAAGGUAUUGAAGAUACCAUUGGUCUUGGGAAGGGCACCACCAAACAUUAUGCCACUAUUGAUUUGGAGAAGGCUCGAGUUGGUCGGACCAGAAUGCUUUCGGAUGAACCGGUCAAUCCACGUUGGUACGAGUCUUUUCACAUAUACUGUGCCCAUAUGGCAGCGAAUGUCAUCUUCACUAUUAAAUUUGACAAUCCUAUCGGGGCAACACUGAUUGGAAGAGCUUAUCUGCCUGUCAUGGAGAUCCUUGAUGGUGAUGAAGUGGAUAGAUGGCUUGAAAUAUGUGACGAAGACCGGAAUCCUGUUGGAGAUGCUAAGAUCCAUGUCAAGCUGCAAUACUUUGAUGUUUUAAAAGACCGUAACUGGGCGAGGGGUGUACGAAGUACAAAAUAUCCUGGAGUCCCUUAUACAUUUUUCUCUCAGAGACAGGGUUGUAAAGUAACACUCUACCAAGAUGCGCAUGUCCCUGACGACUUCAUUCCUCGAAUUCCUCUUGCUGAUGGGAAAUAUUAUGAGCCCCAUAGGUGCUGGGAGGACAUUUUUGAUGCAAUUAGUAAUGCACAACAUCUGAUAUACAUUACUGGGUGGUCUGUGUACACAGAGAUUACAUUACUUAGAGACAACAAGAGGCCAAAACCAGGUGGUGAUGUCACACUGGGAGAGCUCCUUAAGAGGAAGGCUAGUGAAGGUGUUCGAGUGCUUAUGCUUGUUUGGGAUGACAGAACCUCGGUAGGUUUGCUGAAGAAAGAUGGUCUGAUGGCAACCCAUGAUGAGGAGACUGAAAAUUAUUUUCAUGACACAGAUGUGCACUGUGUUUUGUGCCCUCGAAAUCCUGAUGAUGGUGGAAGCUUUGUUCAAGAUCUUCAAAUUGCCACCAUGUUCACUCAUCAUCAGAAGAUUGUUGUUGUCGACCAUGAGAUGCCUAACAAGGCUUCUCAGCGGCGGAGGAUUGUGAGUUUUGUUGGGGGCUUAGACCUUUGCGAUGGGAGAUAUGACACGCAGUUUCAUUCUCUGUUCAGGACAUUGGACACAGCUCAUCAUGAUGACUUCCAUCAGCCAAAUUUUGGAGAGGCUUCCAUAACAAAGGGUGGACCAAGAGAGCCUUGGCAUGAUAUUCAUUCACGGCUUGAAGGGCCUAUUGCUUGGGAUGUUUUGUUCAAUUUUGAGCAGAGAUGGAGAAAGCAGGGAGGAAAAGAUGUUCUUGUACAGCUCCGCGAUCUCUCUGACAUCAUCAUUCCGCCUUCUCCUGUCAUGUUCCUAGAGGACAAAGAGACUUGGAAUGUUCAGCUUUUCAGAUCCAUUGAUGGAGGUGCUGCUUUUGGCUUUCCUGAGACCCCGGAGGAUGCCGCUAGAGCUGGGCUUGUUAGUGGAAAGGAUAACAUCAUUGAUAGAAGCAUUCAAGAUGCGUACAUAAAUGCCAUCCGUAGGGCAAAGAACUUUAUCUAUAUUGAAAAUCAGUACUUCCUUGGUAGCUCUUAUGCAUGGAAAGCUGAUGACAUCAAGCCUGAGGAAAUUGGUGCAUUGCAUCUGAUCCCUAAGGAGCUAUCCUUGAAGAUUGUUAGUAAGAUUGAGGCUGGGGAGCGCUUUACUGUCUAUGUCGUCGUGCCAAUGUGGCCAGAGGGUGUGCCAGAAAGUGCGUCAGUUCAAGCAAUCUUAGAUUGGCAGCGGAGGACAAUGGAGAUGAUGUAUACUGAUGUCAUACAAGCUCUCCAGGCAAAAGGAAUCGAAGCCAAUCCAAAGGACUAUCUGACUUUCUUCUGUUUAGGGAAUCGAGAGGUAAAGAAGAGUGGAGAAUAUGAACCUGAGGAGCAGCCAGAACAAGACACCAACUACAGCAAAGCUCAGGAGGCCAGGCGGUUCAUGAUCUAUGUACAUACAAAGAUGAUGAUUGUUGAUGACGAGUAUAUCAUAAUCGGGUCAGCCAACAUCAACCAGAGGUCAAUGGAUGGAAGCAGGGACUCUGAGAUUGCCAUGGGAGCAUACCAACCGUAUCAUUUGUCAACUAGGGAGCCAGCACGGGGGCAAAUCCACGGUUUUCGAUUGGCCCUUUGGUAUGAACACCUUGGCAUGCUUGAUGAUGCCUUCCUCCAGCCGGAGAGCUCGGAGUGCGUGCAGAAGGUUAACAGGAUCGCCGACAAGUACUGGGAUCUAUAUUCGAGCGACGAUUUAGAACAUGACCUCCCAGGACAUCUACUUAGCUAUCCUAUCGGAGUCUCCGCUGAAGGAGAAGUCACAGAGUUGCCCGGCACGGAGUUCUUCCCCGACACCAAGGCCCGAGUCCUCGGAGCUAAGUCCGACUACCUUCCACCCAUCCUCACAACAUAACUGCUCGCCGUUUCUUUAAUAAUAGCAGUUGCGGUGAGUGAGAGAAAUAAUAGCAUGCACUUUCUUGGAGCUGCUUUAAUUUCCAGCUAAUCUUGUGUUAGAUUUGGGUUUUUGCUAGACACACAAUAUGCUUAUUACUCUACCUGUAAUCUAGUGUUGUGAUGGACGCAUCAUGGUCGCUUAAAGCUGGCACACCACUUCCUGUACUCCAUUUAUUUGAGUUUUAAUAUCACUACUUGUUUGCUGAUAGAAUAAAUGGCACGGUUUCACGGUAUAA